AUGUACACUACAAACUAUUCGUUAUAUGAUAGUAUUCGUGUUCCUCGAACGUUUCUUCAUCAUGAAACAGUACGAACAAUUCAGGUGUGUCGUCCAUGGGAUGGUGCUGUUGACUCGGGUCGUUUGUACGCAUUGAGGCCGUGCGUUCGAGUCUCAUCACUGGGUGUGUUCGUGUGUUUGUCACGAAGAAUCUAUUGGGCUUGUGACAAGAGUCCGUUGAGUGGGCAUCGUCUGCGACGUAUUGUACCGAUGAAAUUGGUCAUUAACGACACUUUCGAAACACUUUCGGCCGGUUGUGUGGGCGCAAAAAAUAUUGAUGCGUUGACCGUAUGCCGUAAUAACGAAGUGUUCAUCUAUCGGUUGAAAAAUCGCAACUUUUGCUCACUACCCGCAUUUCCAUCAUGCUACGGCUCGACGAUGGUACAGUUGAUCGCGUUGAACACAUCAGUGUACGUGUUGGACAGUUCAGGAUGUAUCUACAUGAAGAGAAAUUUGGGUGAUGUGACGCCGUUUGGAUCCGAGUGGUUUGUUCUCAAUACUGGAGAUUGUGGAUCACCAAUUGUAUCGUUUGCGGUAACAAACGUAUCGAUUUGGGUGUUGACAGCCGAAGCGAGUGUUUUUAUGAUGUCGACAGAAGACGGAAAGAAUGUUGAUGAGACGUCGUUGGGCAGCAGUCGGAAACCGGAAUGGAUCCAAGUGAAGACACCAUUAGGCGGAGACGUCUCAUUCGACCAGAUUCGAGCUUCUUGUUCCGGUAUGUACGUUUGGUUGUUUUCAAGUGUGGCUGGGCGUCUGUGGGCCCGAAAUUCGGUUUCCAAACAAUCGCCUACUGGGAAAUCAUGGUCGGAGGUAAGUGUCGAAGAAAAUUGUCUCUGGUGA